CGCGCGCGUCAGUCACGAGCACAAGGCGGGGCUGCAGAACUAGGCGCUCGCUCACGUCCUUCCCCGCCGGAAGUGAAGGUGCGGGCUUGGCCGAGGGCUUCUGAGAGGCCCCUUCCCGGAUGGCAGCAGUAGUCCUAGGGGCAGACACCAUGGGCCCUGAGCGUAUCUUCCCCAAUCAAACUGAAGACCUGGGACCGCAUCAGGGCCCUACAGAAGGCACUGGGGACUGGAGCAGCGAGGAGCCCGAGGAAGAGCAGGAGGAAACGGGGGCAGGCCCAGCUGGCUACUCCUACCAGCCCCUGAACCAAGAUCCUGAACAAGAGGAGGUGGAGCUGGCACCGGUGGGGGACGCGGAGGAUACAGUUGCUGACAUCCAGGAUCGGAUCCAGGCUCUGGGGCUUCAUUUACCAGACCCCCCAUUAGAGAGUGAGGAUGAAGAUGAGGAGGGAGCCACAGCAUUGGGCAAUCACAGCUCUAUUCCCAUGGAUCCAGAACAUGUGGAGCUGGUGAAAAGGACGAUGGCCGGAGUGAGCCUGCCGGCACCAGGGGUUCCCGCCUGGGCUCAGGAGAUCUCAGAUGCCCAGUGGGAAGACGUGGUCCAGAAAGCCCUCCAAGCCCGGCAGGCAUCCCCUGCCUGGAAGUGAACACAGUGAGCGCUGCCUUCCCUCCCGACAUUCCAGGCCAGAACCAGCACGGGACUGAACACCUCUGGUUAUAAUGUCCAUCCUCCCCGUCUCCCUUUCCACGUCAAGGCAAAUCAGACUUCUCAGAGACCCACUUUAUUCAGUUCUGUACAUAUGGGGACAUCGGCCCAAGCCCCACCGACCUUGGCAUGUAUUACUCUGUGGAGAAUAAAGCACCCUAUGUACACA